GCGCGAGGCAAGCGCUGUAAAAUUAGGUCCAAUAUGAAGCGGUCACGCGAUGAGACCACUAUGGAAGACUUUGACAUGGAUGUCUUGGGCAUGACACCGCCCCCUUCGUCUCUAUGGGCCUCCAUGUCGCCCUGGAAGCCGCCACAUGCGUCUGCCAAGCGCUGCCGAGACCGCUCCGUACCCGUUGACGCGAUGAGCCGCAUGAUGUCUGCCGCCAUCACCAACGCGCGCAUCAAGAAGCACAGCAGCAUCGGUCGUCUUUUCGCGGGCAAGUGCGAGACGCCAAGCGCCUGCUGCGCCGUGUGCGAUAAUACCAAGCGUCAGUUCGAUACUAGCCAGAUUCAGCGCUGCAGCCACUGCGAACGGCAGAUGGGCGACUGCUGCCGCCGUGAAUGCGACUCAUGCUACAACGUCUUCUGCUCGGUGUGCUCGACACUCAACUGCGAUGAACAGUUCGACCGCGUCUUAUGUCUGUCGUGUAACGAAGAGCGUUAGAUGGCUGCUGGAACUGCCAAUUCGGAGCUCUAAAU